ACGAACCUUUUCAAGACUUUCUGUCAUAGGAUGGUUGCUUCAGUUACAAAACUAUGUGUAUUUUUCGGAAUUUUUCUAACAGUUUUUCUCUGCUUGAUGACAGCAAACUUUGAUUACCACACACCGUUGCAGAAUUAUUGGAAGUACAGAAACACAGUUCAGAAAACUGUUCCGAACAAUACCAGUAGCAGAUUCUAUUUUCCAACAAAGAAAACACCAAGUCAACAUAUAGCUUUCUUAAAAGUUCACAAAACAGGAAGUACAACGGCUCAAGGAAUCUUUCUUCGUUACGGACUCAAAAGAAAUUUAACUUUUGUUGUUGCCAAUAAUAAAUCAUGGUUCCCUAAUAUUAUAAGUCUAGAGGAAUCUGUUAUACCUGGAUACAAUAUUGUUCCACCUCCCAAAGGCAAAAGAUACGAAAUAUUGUGUUUCCAUGUUGUUUAUAACCGUUCAGCUUUUGAAGGAAUUAUGCCAAAUGAUACAAAAUAUAUAGGUAUUGUCCGUGAACCGUUCCUUCAAUUAAAAUCAACCAUUCGGUAUUUUAAUUAUGGUGGACAAAACAAACAUGCUCAAUUUCUUCGCAAUUUUCUACAAAAUUCAACUUCAACUGGAAGAAAGGAAAACAACAAUCCAGCAACAUCCUUUCUGAAUAACAGAAUGGCAUUUGAAUUUAAUUUUCCAAGACAUCUUUUUGAUUCUUUUACAUCGCACGAGGUAAAGCAGUAUCUAGAGAUUCUUGACAAAGAAUUCGACCUUGUCAUUAUAAACGAGUAUAUGGACGAAUCAGUCGUCCUUUUAAGACGAAUUUUAAAUUGGAAUGUUCAGGAUGUUCUUUUUGUCAAUCUGAAUGUUAAUCAAGGAAGUUCAGACUUAAAUAAAGUUGGACUGAAAGAAAUACGUUUAUAUCGACAGUAUGCCGCACUUGAUUACGAAUUAUACCACUUCUUUCUAAAACGUUUAUGGAAACAAAUUAAUUCUUAUGGGCAUGAUAUUCUAGAAGAAAUUUCGUAUUACAAAUUGCUAAGGAAGAACUUAGAAAACUUUUGCAAUAGCAAGGAAACGGCGAUACUGAUUGUAGAAGAAUCAAACUGGAGUUCAUCAUUCCUUGUGACCCAUGAGGAUUGUGACUUUAUGAGGCAGGGGGAGUUUUGGUAUCUUAACGAAAUAAUGGAGCAGCAAUAUUUAAAGAAAAUUGUAAAUUGAUAUUUUAUCACUGGGUGAAAAAAGCGGUUUCCCAUCAUGGGAAACUUUAUGGAAACCACCUGGAAACCUCAAGUUUACAUCAUGUUUCCCAGUGGUUUCCGCAGCGGAUGCCAGGUUAUUCCGCCAAGUUUCCGUGACACUGAAACUACUACGCUCCGAUUGCAUAAGGUAUCCCGAACCACGGAAACCUCGGUAAACCUGAGGUUUCCCGAACAUCCAUGUAGUUUCCCGUAAUGAGAAACCUGAAGAUUAAACUGGUUUCCAGAAUCAGGAAACAACAUGGAAUCGGAGCGUAGUGGUUUCCGUGGAAUGGAAACUUGAUGGAAUCCUUAAGUUUCCUAUUACGGGAAACUACAUGGAAGCUCGGGAAACCUCACGAUUCCUAAAGUUUUUUUGACUGAGGAAACUAUAUGGAAUUUUAGUGUAGCAGUUUCCGUGUGACGGAAACUUGGUGGAAU